CUGUAGUGCCUCUUAGUUACCCCUAAGCAGCACAGAAAUUGUGUCGUUUGGGUCUGUUGUAGCACAAAAGUCUUUCCCUAAUCCGAUUGCUGAACUGCUGUGGGUUAGUUCUCAUCCUUGUACAGUCAACUGGUUAAAGAGCUAAACAGGUAAUAAUAUCAGUAAUCUUCUGAAAAAUUAUUCAGUCUUCUAGUUUAUGGCCGGCUUAUGUCUCUAUGUGUGUCAUAGUCCAAAAGAUGGCACAGUUUUAUAGAAUAUGGGAAUCCCUAGCCAUUGUAGACCCUUGGCUAAUGGUGGAACCUCCCAAUGGGCUGCACAAUGACAACAUGAAGUGGGUUAAAACAAACAGAAAUCCGGUAUGUCUGUCACUUUGUUCUUGCUAUUACUCUACACAAACUGGUUUGUUCACAUUCCCAAGGACAAGGAAGGGGUAUACACACACACACACACACAUAUAUAUAUAUAUUCCAACCCUGUCUACAAUGUGGCACACAAAAGAAUAAAGCACAGACACUGGAGUCUGAGGAGCACACCAUUGGGAUCAUCUCAUUAUAUAAACCACAACUCAGCAAAUCCUUAACUUGGAAGAGCAAUGGCAUUCUGGGAGUAUCCAGGGGUCGUCCUACUUCUUCUAGUUACAUCCUCUCCCAUUUGGUUGGCCACCACCGUCUACUCUGCUCCAGCUUGUGGUUCUCCCAUGGUCUCAAGUAGAAUAGUGGGAGGUACGGCUGCCACAAACGGAGCGUGGCCCUGGCAGGUCAGUCUGCGCUACCAAAAGUCACAUAUAUGUGGGGGUUCAGUGAUCUCCAAUCAGUGGAUUAUGACAGCUGCUCAUUGCUUCCAAAACUCCUUGUUUGCAUCCCAGUAUCAAGUUCGGCUGGGUGCAUACCAGUUAUCUCUCUCAAGUCCUAAUGAGAUCAUAUCCAAUGUGGAGAGCAUCAUUGUGAACUCCAAGUACAACAAGGACACUAACUUUGCAGACAUUGCUCUAGUGAAACUAACAAGCCCCAUUACCUAUACCAAGUACAUACUACCUGUCUGCCUACCUUCAACUUCAGCCAACUUCACUGAAGGCAUGGAAUGCUGGGUAACUGGAUGGGGCACAAUCAACUCUUCAGUGAGCCUUCCAUAUCCUCAAACUCUCCAGCAGGUGAUGAUCCCUCUUAUUAGCAGGAACACAUGUGAUCAGAUGUACCAUAAUGGCACCAAGACCAGUUCCAGUGUUACCAUAGUUCCAGUAGACCAGAUCUGUGCUGGUUAUGCAGAUGGUCAAAAGGACUCAUGCCAGGGAGACUCCGGGGGACCCCUUGUCUGUAAAUUACAGGGAACCUGGUAUCAAGUUGGCAUUGUGAGUUGGGGAAAAGGAUGUGCCCUUCCAAACUACCCUGGGGUUUAUACCCAGGUAGCUGCUUACCAGCCAUGGCUCUCGACAUAUAAUGCAACAACUGAUUUUUUAACCAAAGCAGAUGCUGCCGCCAGCACAGUUAGUGCAGUCACAACAACUUAUGUGGCUUCCACAGAUGAUAUGAGCACCAUGCUUAAUGUAGCCAAUGUCAAUAUUCAAGCUAAUAAAGUGACAGUAGCUAAUGCUAAUACUCUAUUUAAAUCCUCUUCGCCGACUCUAAGUAUAUCAGUGCUAUUACUUGGCUCCAGUGUACUUCUGUGUUGGCGACUCACAACUGACCAUUCUUCUCUCUCACCCACAAUCUUUGUCGACACAAGUUCCACCCGACUGGUUUGCGGUUCCCCAUUGGUCUCCAAUAAAAUAGUUGGAGGAACUGAUGCACCAGAUGGGGCAUGGCCUUGGCAGGUCAGUCUGCGCUAUAAAGGGGGACAUAUCUGUGGGGGGUCCGUGAUUGCCACUCAAUGGAUUCUGACAGCAGCCCACUGCUUCUUAAAUUCCCUGUCUCCAUCAGACUAUACAGUUCGGCUGGGCGCAUACCAGUUGUCUCUGAUAAGUCUUAAUGAGGUCACGUACAAAGUGGACAGCAUUAUUGUGAACUCACAGUUUGUCAGUUCGGGACAUGCUGGAGAUAUUACCUUACUGAAACUGGCAAGCCCCAUGACUUACACCAAGUACAUCCUACCUGUCUGCCUGCUUUCAACAUCUGACAGCAUCACUGAAGGCAUGGAAUGCUGGGUAACUGGAUGGGGCACAAUUAGCUCUCAAGUGAACCUUCCAUAUCCUAGGACCUUGCAGCAAGCGGUGACCCCAUUUAUUAGUAGGGCAAAUUGUGAAAAGAUGUACCACAUUGGAUCCCAGGAUGCUUCUAAUACUGUGAAAAUACCAGCAGAUCAGAUCUGUGCUGGAUAUGCAGCUGGGAAGAAUGAUUCUUGUCAGGGUGACUCCGGGGGACCCCUUGUCUGUAAAUUACAGGGAAUCUGGUAUCAAAUAGGAAUUGUGAGUUGGGGAGAAGGAUGUGCCGUUGCCAACCGACCUGGAGUUUAUACCUUGGUACCUGCUUUCCAGUCAUGGCUCUCCUCAUAUAAUGCCGCAGAAAACCAAGUAAACAUCACAUCAGCACCCACCACUCAGAGAGCAGAUACAUCCUCCUCAUGUUCCUUAAAUAAAUCGACCUUUCUGUCUGGCUUCCUACUCUGCAUCUGGCUCUUUGCGGUGGCCAAGGACUAAGCUACUAAAAUACCAUAUCAGCUUGAGAUUUGCUAUCAUAGCAGCAAUUCCAUAAGCACCAGGAAUAUAUCCCUAUCCCUAUCACACCAGUUCUAUCAGAAGCCAAUCGUAUGUUGUUGGAGUAUGGGAGGAAACCAGAGUACCCAUGGAAAAACAAUGGCAACACAUGGACAACAUACACACUCCUUGCAGAGGAUGUCCAGGCUGGAAUCAAAAUCAAGAACCCAGAGCUGCAGGGAAGCAGUGCCACCCACUGAACCACCAUCCUGCCUAGCAAUAGAUUAAAUAUGGUGGCACUGACGCUAUUUUCCAUGACAAGUUUCACUGAUCACUGAUCAACUAAUCACAUACCUGAGGGGAUAAAGUUUACUUUAGUGCCUAUUCACUACAGUGGUUUAAUUAUUGUGAUUUUUAUUACUUUAACUUUAAAAAAAACAUAAUUUUUCAUGCUUUUACUCCUAAUGUUCUGUGUCAGUUUAAAGGAAAAGAUCUCUUAACCUUCAUGAGGGCCAAUCUCUGUACAUGUAAAAAUAAUAUAUUAACAUUAUAUAUUAAUAUAUAUAACAUUAUAUAAAUAAGUUAUGG